AAUGUAGAAUUGGGAAGAAAGUGUGAACCGCGGAGAACUGUAGCAACCCCGGCAUUGCGUUGCCUUCUCCAGAUCGUGCAAAACUACAAAUCUCACCACGCGUUCUUCCUUGCCCUCUCAUCAGUCUCGGUUUGGCCCUUUCUAGCUUCGAAUUCUACGAUGGCGUCCUUAACAGGAAGGAUAACAUUCCGCGUCGUAGCGGCGAUUCUGGUACUUUCGGUCCUCUUCUACGUCGGUCGUCCUCUCUACUGGAAAAUCUCUGCCACGAUUCAUGAUAUCCGCGAAAACAAGCAAACCGUCAAACAAGGUAUUUCACAAAUCGUUCUCGAGGCGCAGAAAUCGGUGGGUUGGUACCACGAUGAGUUCGACUCUGGAGUCCACUAUGAGCGGAAAGCGACGAAUCGGAGGCUUCUGUAUAAGCAUUUGGUUAUUUCAAAGUUGGUUGUGUCCUGGAAGACUGACUGCAUCUGUAAAAAAAAAUUGGGAUUUUUUUCCUGUGCGAUUUCUGAGAUGGUGAGGCAGCAUGUACCAAGAGAAGUGGCCGAUCAGUGCCCUUGAUCUUGAAUUGCCGAGGUGGCUAUAGCUUUAUCAAAACAGGCUGAGUAGUGAACUGGCCGGUUGUUGUUUUGUUUGAGAUUUUAAUCAAGUCUCUAUUUCUAUAUCUACUUUUCGAACUUCUCACAUUUUCACUUACACUUUAUCCUUCCUUUCAUCUAUUUAAAGAAGUAUGUCCAUGCAUUUUGGUUAUGUAUGUGUGUAUGAGGAUUGUAGGAUCUUUGGUUGUCAUGUUCAAACUUUUUAAACAAUCUUCUAUGGC